AUGGCCUACGUGCGUGCCGAGGACGUCCAACUCGACGCUUGGCAGUCCAUCGGCAACGACGGCUGGAACUGGACGAGCCUGUUUCCUUACUACCUUAAGAGCGAGAACCUGACCUUGCCCACAGCCGCGCAGACGGAAGCAGGCGCAACAUACGAUGCCUCCGUGCAUGGCUCCCGCGGUCCUCUCAAGGUUGCUUUCCCGCAUAUGCAGAGAGGUGGGAAUGACCUUACGCCUGCGGUGAACCGGACGCUUCUGUCUGCGGGAAUCCCGUGGAAUUAUUUACCUUGGACGAUCGAUGAGGAGGCGUAUAUCCGGCAUGAUGCGGCUCGGGCUUAUUUCUGGCCGGUUGAGUCGCGAUCGAACGUGCACGCCUGGUUGAACACGAGAGUGAAUCGGAUUGUUUGGAGGGAGGGGCCCGGUGGAGCGAACAUCAACGCAGCUGGCGUGGAGGUUACUGCACAGAAUGGCACCGUAAGUGUUGUGAUCGCGAGAAGGGAGGUGAUUCUCUCCGCUGGAGCCCUCAAGUCGCCUGCCAUUCUUGAGCUGUCAGGAGUCGGUAAUCCACGCACCCUCAAUCGACACAACAUCUCCGUUCGAGUCUCGCUCCCGGCCGUCGGAGAGAACCUACAGGAUCAGAUGAACACUCUCAUGACAGCGUCGACGCAUUCACCCAUCACCGGCGGCAGAACCGUCACUUUCGCGUCAGCCACAGACAUCUUCAGCGAGGAUACCUCCUCCUUCGCCAACCUCACACGUACCAAUCUCCCCUCGUACGCUGCUGCCGUCGCCAACAUGAGCAACGGAGCUAUGCAACCCGAACACCUGCAGCACCUAUUCCAAGUCCAACACGACCUUAUCUUCAAGAACAACAUCCCCAUCGCAGAAAUAAUCUUCAAACCCGGCGGCGAGAAAACAGUCAACGCCGGGUACUGGGGCCUACUCCCCUUUGCGCGUGGGAACGUUCACAUCCGCUCUUCUGAUCCAGCAGCCCAGCCCGGGGUCAACCCCAAUUACGGCUUGUUGGUGUAG